UGCCUGAUCGAGAACAGGGACAGGAAGUUGGUGGUCCACCAGGAAGCCCUUCAGCUGCUGUCCGGAAUCCAUCAGCCGGUGGUGGUGGUAGCCAUCGUGGGCUUAUACCGGACGGGCAAGUCCUACCUCAUGAACAAACUGGCUGGCAAAAACUCAGGUUUCCCUCUGGGCUCGACGGUGCAAGCCAACACCAAGGGGAUCUGGAUGUGGUGUGUUCCCUAUCCUGGCAAACCAGACCAGACCCUUGUGCUUCUGGAUACAGAGGGCCUUGGUGAUGUGGAAAAGGGUGAUACCCAGAACGACUCCUGGAUCUUUGCUCUGGCUGUCCUCCUCAGCAGUACUCUGGUCUACAACAGCAUGGGCACCAUCGACCAGCACGCUAUGGACCAGCUCCAUUACGUGACGGAACUGACUGAGCGCAUCAAAUCCAAGUCCUCGCCUGGGGCAAACUCGGAGGCGCUAGAAGAUUCUGCGGAGUACGUUCGCUUCUUUCCAACCUUCAUCUGGGCCUUGAGGGAUUUCACGUUGCAGCUGGAGCUCGAUGGGCGGCCCUGCACUGAGGACGAAUAUCUGGAGAACGCCUUGAAGUUAAAGAAAGGUAACUUUCGUGAGGUUCAUCUCUUCAACCUGCCCCGCGAAUGCAUCCGCCUGUUCUUCCCCACUCGAAAGUGCUUCAUCUUUGACCGACCCACCAAUCGAAAGAACCUGCAUCGUCUGGAGGACAUGGAGGAGAGCGAGCUGGAACUCGAAUUUGUGCAGCAAGCUCUCCAGUUCUGUCGUCACGUUUAUAAGACAUCCAAGCCAAAGACCAUCCCCGGCGGGCAUAUUGUCACUGGGCGCUUGCUAGCAAACUUGGUGGAGACCUACGUGGACACGAUCCGCAGUGGGGGAGUGCCCUGCAUGGAGAACGCGGUGCUGGCUUUGGCUCAGAUUGAGAAUUCUGCUGCUGUGGUCGAAGCCACCGGGCGCUACGUGGAGCUGAUGGAGCAGAAGCUGGAGCUGCCCACGGAGACUCUCCAGGACCUCUUGGGGAUCCAUGCCAAAUGCGAGGAUGAGGCCCUUCAGGUCUUCAUGGCCCGGGCCUUCAAGGAUGACAAGCAGCAGUUCCAGGCUGAGCUGAUGAAAGCUCUGGAUCAGAAGAAAGAGGCGUACUGCCACAAGAAUGAACUGGAAUCCUCCAAACGCUGUCGGGCUCUGUUGGUGCAGCUUUCUGAGGAACUGGAACACAGGAUCAACAACGCCUUCUACUCCCGACCUGGUGGCUAUCAGGACUAUUUCAAUGACCUGAAGGCCAUCACGGUGAAAUACCACCAGGAAUCUGGGAAAGGAGUCAUGGCAGAUGUUGCCCUGCAGCAGUUCUUCAAGGAGAAGGAGGACGUGGGUAGAGCCAUCCUUCAAAGCGACGAAGCCCUUACGGAGAAAGAGAAGGAAGCCGCAGAUGCCAGAACAAGGGCUGAGGAAGCAGAGCGGGCGAACGAGAUCCAGCGGCAGAAGCAGGCUGAGCUGGAGGAGAAGUUGGAGGACCAGAGGCGAAGCCACGAAGCAAACAUUGAGUACCUGAAGGAGAAGAUGGAGAAAGACCAGGAGAAGAUGCUGGAAGAGCAGAACAAGGUGUUGGAGAGUAAACUCCGGGAACAACAUCUGUUGUUGGAAGCGGGAUUCCAGAAACACGCUGAUGAGCUAAAUAAACAGAUCGGCCAACUGAAAGAACAGAAUGCAAGGAUGAAGAAGCGGUCUUGGUUUUCUGGACUACUGGAUGUCGCUACGCUGUUUCUGCCAGGCAUUGUCAACAAAGUGAUAAAACGCUUCUAAUCCAGUGGGAACAGAGACUGGUCUUCAAACCUUCCUGUUUUGCUAUCCCAUUUGUUGCUGCAUCGUCCGCUUUUUUGUUUAGAACAUUGUGUUAACUUGAUGAAUGUCUUGAGGUAAAGAACUGAUCUAAUUACAAGUUUUUUGGGGUGGGGGCGAAAUAAAGCAGAAGAUGCUAUAACAUGC